AUUGAUUAAACAUUUGCUAUAUAAUAGACAUUAGAAAUAAAAUGGUUAGGAAAACCUGGAUCUUAAGGAGUUCACAGAAUGGAUGGGAAACCCGUCAUGUAAAUUACUAUACAAUGUGGAAACUACAGGAAUAGAAAUUUGUGGAAGCCUCAGAGACUAGUACAAUUAGAGAUGGGCAGAGUGGGAAAGGGAUGGACACUGAAGGUGCUUGAAGUCAGGCUGGGUGGGAGUUUUUGAAGUCUAAGUUCUGCAUGACGCAGUGCCUGUCAGUAGAGGGACGUAGGAGUGGGAAACAGCUUCAUUUGUUCAAAGAAUCAUGAGUCAUUCAGUACUGUAUAACAGGGUAAGGGAGAUAAACACCGCGAUCACAAAGGGACUUGUAUGUCCAGAACAAAAACCAGUAGGACCGCCAUAGCUGAUCACCACCCUACACUCACCCCUCCUUGAGUUGACCUGAUCUUCAUAGGCUGGACAUGCACCGCAUGUACUGUAGGCCUCGUUCUUUAUGUUGACCAGUUGGUUACAUUCCCUUGGCUGGUCAACUUACACCGAUUCUACUGCAAGAAGUGUGUAUACCACAAAACUAAUGUUCAUUCAGAAGGUAACGGUGAAGUUAUUCUUGCAAAAAAAAAAAAAAGAUAUUUAUUCAGCAUAUGCGUAGGACCAGCCGCUGUUCCACGUCGUGGGGUCGCGAGGGGAACCAGACACGGGCCCCACUUUGAGCUCACGCCCUGACGGGGAGCCAGACAAUGAAUUAUCAGAGUGGGCUGGUUAGGAGCAGAGCUGCCGUCGCCGGGCACGCGUCAGGUGCUGAAGCCUUAUUUAAGCCGGGGUCUGUGGACCUCAGCUGGGCCGGAGACGGCAGGAGCAAUAACGUCCUUCCCCUGGAGCGCUUCUGCUCCGGUGAAAGCCCCCUCCUUGGGGAAUGAGUCAAUCGACAACUGUCCACGAACUGGACUGACCACGCGGCGACACAGCGACUGGGCCCGCGUUUAUCGGGUUUCUGGGAAUCGGCGCGCCAGCCCUGUCUUGACAAGAGCAGCCAGCGAAUUUCCCCUGCCUGGAAAUUAAGCCCCUCUGCAGCAGCACCGCAGGUGGAGCAUUUAGGGGUGGCCUCCCGCCGGCGUCUCGGGAGCCGGGUGGGAGCGUCUCACCCGCAGACCUCAGGCCACGCCCUUUUCUCUUUUGGUACCUGCACCGCCUCCUGUAGAGGGGCCUCCGAACCUGCAGGGGGCGACGGAACCCCCUGUCGCUCUCUGGUCACGUCACGCUCCGCUUGAGGCUGUUUCCGGGUCAGAAAUCAACCGGUCCUGUGUUCAUGGGCCAUGGUGCAGCUGCGACCGCGAGCGUCCCGCGCCCCGGCGUCGGCGGAGGCGAUGGUGGACGAGAGUCAGCCGGCCUCGGAGGAGGAGGCGGAACAUGGCUUGUUGCUCGGGCAGCCCAGCAGCGGCGCAGCCGCCGAGCCCCUGGAGGAAGACGAGGAAGGAGAAGACGAGUUUGACGACGAGGCCCCGGAGGAGCUGACUUUCGCCAGCGCCCAGGCGGAGGCCAGAGAAGAGGAACGGCGAGUGCGGGAGACAGUGCGCAGGGAUAAAACGCUCCUGAAGGAGAAGAGGAAGCGACGCGAGGAGCUGUUUAUCGAACAAAAGAAAAGAAAACUCCUUCCAGAUACUAUUCUAGAGAAGUUAACUACAGCUUCACAGACCAGCAUAAAGAAAUCACCAGCAAAGUUAAAAGAAGUUAAUUUGCAAAAGAAAAAUGAAGAGUGUGAAAAAGGAAGUGAUUCCAAGAAAGUUAAAGUACAAAAAGUACAGUCUGUCAGCCAAAAUAAAAGCUAUGUGUCUGUAAGGCUAAAAGACCAAGAUCUGAGAGAUUCAAGGCAGCAAGCAGCCCAAGCCUUCAUACACAAUUCUUUAUAUGGUCCAGGAACCAACCGAACUACUGUUAAUAAGUUCCUGUCUCUUGCCAACAAGAGGUUACCAGUGAAAAAGGCUGCAGCCCAAUUUUUGAAUAAUUCUUGGGGAACCCAGAAAAAACAAAAUGCCAAGAAGUUUAAAAGACGAUGGAUGAUCCGAAAGAUGAGAACUCCUAGGAAGUAAACUGAAGCUAAAUGAAAAGUCUGUAUUGAAAUUUAAAGAUAUUUAAAGGACCAACUUCUCUGAAAUAAAAAAUCAAAUAAAGAAAUCAUUCAUAAAUCACUUUAAAAGGUCAUUAUAAAAACUAUACAAAUCUACUUAGAAGUACUUGGCCACAUUUUAUCCUUAUGGAGUAUGCCUUAUAGUCUUUGAGGCUCCUAGAAGAUGAAAAGAAAUGAGUUUUCCUUUCUUUUUACACAUUUAACUGAAUGCAAGCAAUACCCCCACCAGCAAUAGCAACUCUUCUAUUCCCAUCACCCCCUGACCCAGGUGGGCAUGUGGCAGGAAGAUGGAAGAAGAACAGACAUCAGAAAAGACUUCUCAAUGGCUGUGCUCUUGAAGUUUUGGUGCAACUUUCACAAAAUGCUGCUUUGUGAUAUUCCUCAGGGAAUAUGAGGAAGUAAUUGUGAAAGAAUGCAGAAUCUUAGUAUAGAUUUAAGUAUCUGUUCUUCUUACAAAGAUUCAGCACACAAAAUAUAACUGACGAACACCUUUACCAAACUGAAGGAUCAGGAUAGUCUGAACAGCUUUUUAAAUUUUACUUGGCUGGGUACAAUGGUUCAUGCCUGUAAUCCUAGCACUUUGGGAGGCCAAGUGGGCAGCAUAGUAAACCUACAAAAAGAUUUUUUUAAAAAUUAGCCAGGUGUGGUGGCACACACCUGUAGUCCUAGCUCCCUGAGAAGCUGAGGUGGGAGGAUCACUUGAGCCCAAGGGUUGAGCUUACUGUGAACUAUGAUAAUACCAUUGCACUCUAAGCCUGGGUAACAGAGCCAAGACUCUGUCACAAAAUAAAUAAGUUGUACUUUUAACCAGUUUUGAGUUUUGCUUGACUGGCAAGUUUCACAUGCCAUAUUGUGACUGAAAAUAAGAAGUUAAAUUUCCUUUUGUCUUUCUAUACCCCCUACAAUGUCAGGUUUGACUCCAGUCCAAGGAAGUCAGUAAACUGAAGUCUUAGCCUGAAGAAAUCAGGUUAACAGUAGAAGCCAUUAAUUGUAUCUGUUCUAAUUUCAUAUUAAUUGUAAGAAGUACACAAGUACCUAACAUAUUAAUUCAACUGACACUAGUAUCUGUAGAAGUAAAUUUUUAAUGGCUGGUUAAUUAUAUCACUACAUUUUUAUUGCAAUAUAGUACUCAUUUAAGCACUUAAAAAUGGAAGGUGUACAAAGAUUAAAUUAAGACACGGUAAAUUGACUAAAUAUUUGGUUUUUAUAUAAAUAAAGGUCAUAACCACACUGUU